AAUUAAUUGAUUGAUUAUUCUUUUGGUUGUUGAUGAGUUGAGGGUGUUCACCAACAGAAGAAGCAGAAGAAGAAAAAGAAGCAAAGAGGAAUAAAAGCCAAGUCAAAACCUGAAAAUGGUUUCACUCUGAUCAAGUUGAAAGCUCGUUGUAACUUGAAUCGUGAAGUGAAGAGGGUUAGGGUUUGGUUGAGAAAGGAAGAGGAGAAGAAGGAGAAGCAAAGGUGAAUUCAAAUGCCGGAAGAGGACUUGGUUGACAUCAAGUUUAGGUUGUACGAUGGCUCCGAUAUCGGGCCUUUCAGGUACUCCUCCGCCGCCACCGUCGACAUGCUUAAGCAAAGGGUUGUCUCUGAUUGGCCCAAAGGUAAGACAGUCAUACCAAAGUCAGCAAAUGAAGUGAAAUUGAUUAGUUCUGGUAAAAUCUUGGAAAACAACAAGACUGUUGGUCAGUGUAAAGUCCCAUUUGGUGAGACUGCAGGGGGUGUUAUCAUGCAUGUUGUUGUACAGCCAUCUCUAGCAAAAUCUAAAGCUGAAAAGAAGGUUGAUGAUUCUCCCAAGAAGGUCGUCUGUUCUUGUUCCAUAUUGUGAAGACAGUUUGUAAGUUGGAGAUGCUUAUCCUCAAUUCAUCAAUCACCCCUUGAACUACAGAAAUCAACAACUGCUUGAACAAAAAACCCUUCUAUUUUCAGCGUUCCUGUGUAAAGACGUAUACGGCAAUUAUAUAUUUAUACAUAAGUUUGUGUUAAUGGUGGCUUCGGAAGAUUGUGUCAUUCUUUUAUUACAACGUCUAAAAGGUUGAUGACAAUGUAUCCAUUGAUUACUACCAUCAUGCGGACGUUUUCUCCUUGCAUUUCCAAUAACGUGCAUGAUUAUAUCA